UUCUGGGUAAAGAUGGAUUCCUAUGAUCUGUUUCGCCGGCUCGGUGCCGGCGCCAAGUUCGACGUGAAGCGGUUCUCGGCAGAUGCUGCUCGAUUCCAGGUAGGAAAAAGGAAAUAUGGUUCUGAAUCUUCGGAGGUGCUGAAGGGACUAGACGUCUUUGGAAACAAGAAGUCUGUUUCAGAUGAGAGUGGAGCAUUACAAAUACACCAAGAGUUCCAAAAUGAGGAGAAAACAGAAGGGGGCCUGUUGGAAAGGACUAAGGAGCCCAAGAAGAAAAAGAGAAAGAAGAUGAUUGCAGAUACAGAAAUUCCUGCUCAAGAAGAUUUUGACACUACUAUACAGUGGACGUCCUCUGUGGAAGCAAAGAUUCAAGAUACAAAAGCCAAAGAUGAAAAGAAACUAACCUCAGGAAAGUUGGAACACCUCAGAAAGGAAAAGAUCAACUUCUUCCGGAACAAACACAAGAUACAUGUCCAAGGAACUGAUCUUCCUGACCCAAUUGCUACAUUUCAACAACUUGAUAAAGAGUAUAAAAUCAGUUCUCGAUUGCUCCAGAACAUCCUAGAUGCAGGCUUCCAAGCACCCACGCCGAUUCAGAUGCAAGCCAUUCCCGUUAUGCUGCAUGGUCGGGAACUUCUGGCUUCUGCUCCUACUGGAUCCGGGAAGACUUUGGCUUUUAGCAUUCCCAUUUUAAUGCAUCUGAAACAACCCACAAAUAAAGGCUUUAGAGCCCUGGUUAUAUCCCCCACUCGAGAACUUGCCAGCCAGAUUCAUAGAGAAUUAAUUAAAAUAUCUGAGGGUACAGGAUUCAGGAUACAUAUGAUCCACAAAGCUGCAAUAGCAGCUAAAAAGUUUGGACCUAAAUCAUCUAAGAAGUUUGAUAUUCUUGUGACUACUCCAAAUCGACUCAUCUACUUGUUAAAGCAGGAUCCACCAGGGAUAGACCUAACAAGUGUUGAGUGGCUGGUAGUUGAUGAGUCGGACAAACUGUUUGAAGAUGGGAAAACUGGGUUUAGAGAGCAGCUGGCCUCCAUUUUCCUGGCCUGUACAUCCCACAAAGUCCGAAGAGCAAUGUUCAGCGCAACUUUUGCAUAUGAUGUUGAGCAGUGGUGUAAGCUCAACCUGGACAAUGUCAUUACUGUGUCCAUUGGAGCAAGGAAUUCUGCAGUCGAGACUGUUGAACAAGAACUUCUCUUUGUUGGUUCUGAGACUGGAAAACUUCUGGCCAUGAGAGAACUUGUUAAAAAGGGUUUCAGUCCACCUGUUCUUGUUUUUGUUCAGUCAAUUGAGAGGGCUAAAGAACUUUUUCAUGAGCUCAUAUAUGAAGGUAUUAAUGUGGACGUCAUUCAUGCAGAAAGAACACAGCAGCAGCGAGAUAACACAGUCCACAGCUUCAGAGCUGGAAAAAUCUGGGUUCUUAUUUGUACAGCCUUGCUUGCAAGAGGGAUUGACUUUAAAGGCGUAAACCUGGUCAUCAAUUAUGAUUUCCCAACCAGCUCAGUGGAAUACAUCCAUAGGAUAGGUCGAACUGGAAGAGCAGGGAAUAGGGGAAAGGCUGUUACAUUUUUCACUGAAGAUGAUAAACCCUUACUAAGAAGUGUUGCCAAUGUUAUCCAGCAGGCUGGUUGUCCUGUGCCUGAAUACAUAAAAGGUUUCCAGAAACUACUAAGCAAACAAAAGAAAAAAAUGAUUAAGAAACCAUUGGAAAGGGAGAGCAUUAGUACAACUCCAAAAUAUUUCUUAGAGCAAGCCAAACAGAAAAAGAUUGCUGGCCAAAACAGCAAGAAGAAAGAAACUCUUCAAGAGAAAAGUUAAAAAUAGCUUCCUUAGAAGGCUGUAUCCACAGUGUAAUUAUGAGCCCAGCAUGAAUUCUCAUGGAAUACUUACAACCAUCUUUACCAGAUAUUUAAAUCAACAAGGACGUGAGAGAACCAUAUGGUCCUAAUUUAGCGGUGCACCAAGCUUCACGCUGUAGGUGGAAUGUAUACAAUGAAAGUAGCCUGCGUUGACACUUCUGCCUGAAUCCAGAGGGAUGCUUCUAAUAGAAGAACAAGAGCCCAUGUUAAACAACACCCUAGUGGGGUGAACUCGUAAGGAUUUUGCCCUUCAAGUCUGAAGGAAAGUGUGAUGCUUGCUGUGGAGAGGCAUCUGGAAGGAGACUUUAAAAUAAAAGCUUGAGUUUGAGGCACCAUCCACACUUGUGUCAUGGAGAGCGGAGUGUGUGUGGGAUGCAGACAAGAGCAGCUACACAGGCCAUCCACCAAGGAGACGCUCUUGCUGCCGGUAGUGCUUCUUCGUUAAUGGCCUUUGUGGUGUCAGCAGUUCCACAUCUGUGGUUUUCCAAGUUCCUGAGGAUUGGAACUGCAAUCUGUUGAAAUUUAUACUGCUACUGCCCCGGGGAGGAAGCUCAUACUUAGCUGUCACAGUGAGAUUCUGUCACUGUAAGAUUAUCAGCCUCUCCCUUCCUGACUUCAUUCUCCAUCAUUUAACCCUGUUCUUUCCAUCUCUUUCCACUCAAGAUGAUUUUGCUUGAAAGCUGAUAACAGUGUUUUAUCCUGAUAAGGAAGAACAUUCCUGUUACAUGAUACAUCUGGCUUCAUUUUCUCAGAGGCUUAUCUUUGCAGAGGCCUGAUGGCCUUCAUCCACCCUCUGCCAAAGGAGUGUGACGAUGUGCAGACCAAGGCAAUGUACAGUGUGCAGGUUUUGCCUAGACACUUGUUUUCUACAGUGGACUAAGAAAAAAAAAAAAAGGCUUGGUCCAGUUGAAGCGGUUGGGACUGGUGCCUAGAGUUGCAUGGGAUUCAUGCUGCCAUAGGACUGCGGUGCGGGUGACUGCCAGCACCUGCCUCAGCCCCUUUUCUCUCAGCAGGUGACGCCUCAUCCUAAAAUCAGCACAGGAGACCUUUUUAAUGUGUUUGUCUUGAGAAGGGAGCUCUAUAGCCCAGACUGGCCUGGAACUCACAGCAAUCUUCCUGUUUCGGCCCUUUACUACUGAGAACACACAUAUGAGAAAAGACUAUCUUGAAUUUUUCAUCAGAAUUUAUUUAAAUAUAUUGAUUGCUCCAGAGAGUUAAAUAAAUGAAUAAAUAAAUAAAUAAAUAAAUAAAUAAAUAAA